AUGGCCGUCCUCCGCGAAUCGGAUCCGCCUUUGGAAGUCAUUCCUGAAGACGUGAGCAGAGUGGAGAGCCGUCACCGCCAUCCAAACGUGCUUCCUUUCUUCGCUCUUCCUUCUCCUUCCUCAACCCUCAACCUCGCCCUUGUGUCAGCCACGGGUAUAUCCUAUCCUGUAGCAGGAAGCUGCCAUGGCUACCUAGAUACCCUACUCUACUCUACCGUCCUCCUGUCCACCGUUGACAGCAAAACGGCAAAGAUUCCGUAG